GAAAUUGCCGCCGUCCUCGAUCACGUUGGUCAGUGUGUGACUCGUCUUCACCGAAGACACAUCGAACAAAAGGGAAGUGGCGUAUGACUAGGCCACCGCGGCGCUCGGUGUUAUCUGUGUGGCCUCUGCUUGGGAAGUUGGAACCAGAAACAGCAAAGUAAGGAGGGGAGACGGGAGCAGUUUAUCCCGCUUCGUCCCUCGUUACGACUUGGACUCAGUUUGCCCAUCGUUUCUUUUUUUUUUGGACAUUGGAACAUCAAGAACUAAAGAACUACGCGCCUGUAAUACUGUUGUGGUGUCUUGUGCGAAACUCCUUCCCCUGACAGCCAUGCGGCUUGCGAUGGGCCGCAGUGGCAGGAUACAGCGGCUCUCGCUGCUGCUGCUCCUCGUCGUCCUGAUCUCGGCCGGCGUGAGCGGCAAGCCCCAACAAGGAGCCGGAGCCGGAGCUGGAGAGGAAUCACCCGAUGGUGACUACGGAGAUAACUACGACGAAUACAAUCCUGUUGACUACGAACCAGAAUACGAAGAAGGCGGAGAUGGCGGACGGAGACCAGCGCAACCCGGACGCAACGGACCUGGCCGAGCUCCUGCCGCGAAUGCUGUUGAUGAAGGAGAUAGCGACAGCAAUGGUGGAGAUCGUACAGAUGUUGCAGCUCCUGCACCGUCUCAACCAGAACCCACGGAAGAGGAAAAUUCGGAAGAUUAUGAACCAGGUCAGACUGAUCCUCCACCACCGCCUCCACCGGCCCCGACUACAACAACCACAACGCCGAGACCUUAUCGGCCGCCUCCUGCUCCUCCAGCGCAGCCCCCUUCACGAGCCCCGGCCGCCCCAUUAGUGUCGGCAGCAGGCAACGAUGAAUGCGCUGGAGUCGUAUGCCCGGAGGUCGAGUGCGAGACUCAGCAGUACAUUCGUCUCGGCGAAUGCUGCCCGGUUUGCGCGGCCGUCGGUCCCGAAGAUGGAGAGCAAUCCAUGGGUCCACAGGGUGAGAUCGGUACUCCCGGUCGUCCAGGAGAAUCGGGUGAACCUGGUACUCCAGGAACCCCUGGUACUCCCGGUAACCCAGGACCUCCAGGCCCACCGCCCGAUGUCACUCCAUUCUUGCAGUCGUUGCAGACCGCGCAGGGUGGAGCAGAAAAAGGUCCUGGACCAGACCCGUUCUCUUUCCUUCAGGCUCAGACUGGACCCGUAGGUCCGCGUGGUACUGGUGGCCCCCCUGGCCCUCCCGGUCCUCAGGGAUUCCAAGGAGUUCGCGGUGAAGCUGGAGAACCUGGUCCCGUUGGCGCACCCGGAGGAGGUGGACCGCGAGGUCUUCCUGGUCUUCCUGGCAAAGAUGGUGAAGCUGGUGAAGAUGGCCAAGCUGGACCCACCGGUGCUCCUGGCCCCGCUGGUCCUAGAGGAUUACCCGGAAUGCCCGGUCUACCCGGUGUCAAAGGCCACCGUGGUUUCCCCGGUUUGGACGGAUCUAAAGGUGAACCUGGCCCAAGUGGUGAAAAAGGAACACAAGGUUUAACUGGACCUAUGGGCCCUGUCGGACCAACUGGUCCCGCUGGCCCACGAGGUGAAAGAGGUCGUGAAGGACCUCCCGGACCUGCUGGUCUUCGAGGAAUUGACGGUUUGGCUGGACCCCCUGGACCACCUGGUGCUGUUGGCAAAGCUGGCCCACCUGGUUUCCCCGGUAGCCCUGGCUCCAAAGGUGACAUGGGAGGCCCUGGACCUAAAGGUAGCCAAGGUUUGCAAGGUCCUCGUGGUGAGGCAGGCAAACCCGGAGUCCCCGGUGAAGCCGGCCCUCCUGGCCCAGCCGGAAAAGACGGUCUUGCUGGAGACAAGGGUAGCCAAGGUGAAGUCGGUAUUGCCGGAGCUCCUGGUUUCCCCGGUGCUCGCGGUCCACCCGGUCUUGCUGGUAGCCCUGGUACCCCAGGUGCUAAGGGUCAUCCUGGAGAGCCCGGUACCCCUGGUGUUAAGGGUGAACAAGGUCUGAAGGGUGAAGGUGGUGCAGCUGGACCUCGCGGUCUGCCCGGCCCUACUGGAGCUGCUGGUAAACGUGGUAAGAUUGGUCCCCGUGGUACAAGCGGUGCCUCUGGACCCCCUGGUGAACGCGGUGCCCCUGGUGGAAGAGGUCUUCCAGGAGCGGACGGACCCCCUGGACCUAAAGGUCAAACUGGUGAUAGAGGACCAGCUGGUCCUGACGGACCUAAAGGUAAACUUGGAGACCCUGGUCGUCCCGGACCUCCUGGUUUGCAAGGACUUCGCGGUCUACCUGGCCGCACCGGACCUCCCGGCAAGCCCGGUAGCGCUGGUGAACGUGGUUUGCCCGGUGCUGACGGCAAGAACGGUGAACAAGGACCCCAGGGUAUCCAAGGUCUUCCAGGACCUGUUGGUAUUCCGGGAGAACGUGGUCCCAUGGGAGAGAACGGUAAAGAUGGAGACCCUGGACCUACUGGAGCACCUGGACCCCGAGGUGACUCUGGCAAAGAUGGAGCUGCUGGUGCCCAAGGCCCUCCCGGUCCUCCUGGUGCCGAUGGUGAACGUGGUCCUCCUGGUCCUGCUGGAGCUCGUGGCUUCCAGGGACUCCCUGGUGUUGCCGGAACUCCUGGCAAUCCCGGUAAAGAUGGUGAACCCGGUUUGCAAGGCCCUCCUGGUCUGCCCGGUGCAAGCGGACCUCGUGGUGAGCGUGGAUUCCCUGGCGAACGUGGACCUGUUGGUCCUCCUGGCGGUCCUGGCGAGCGUGGUCCAGUCGGCAUGAUGGGAGCUGAUGGUCCUUCGGGUCCAUCUGGUCCUAAAGGUGACAAGGGUCAUGCUGGUCCUUCCGGUUUGGUGGGUCUGCCUGGUCAACGAGGUCAACCUGGUCUCCCUGGUGAAAAGGGUGAGCGUGGAGCUCAAGGUGCUAUCGGCCCUGAAGGCCCUGCUGGCAAACAAGGUGAACGCGGUCUGCAAGGUAUCAUGGGUCCCCCUGGACCUCCUGGUGAGCCAGCUGAACGUGGUGACACUGGACCCCCUGGACCCGUUGGUGAAACUGGUGCUAGCGGUAUGACUGGUGAACGCGGUCCUCCCGGAGCUCCUGGUUUGCAAGGAUUCCCCGGACCUCAGGGUCCAUCUGGUACUCCUGGUACUAAGGGAGAACGUGGUCUCUCUGGAGCCAAGGGUGAACAAGGCAACCCCGGCGCUGUCGGUAAUCCUGGUGAACCUGGUGCACCUGGUCUUCAAGGCUUGGUUGGACCUAAGGGCGCACGCGGUGAAUCUGGCAAUAAGGGUGAUCAAGGUUUGAUGGGACCUCCUGGCCGUGCUGGAGAACAGGGCCCUGCUGGAUCACAAGGACCUCCUGGACCACCUGGUGCAGCUGGUUUGCCCGGUAUCAAGGGUCAACCUGGUGACCAUGGUCGCACUGGUAACGCUGGACCUCCUGGACAACCCGGAGCUCCAGGUGCUGAAGGCCAGAAAGGAGAACAAGGUAGCGAAGGACCUAUUGGACCUGUUGGACAGUCUGGACCUCAAGGACCCCCUGGUGAUCGAGGACUCCCUGGCCUUCCAGGACCCGUCGGUGCAGUUGGUGCUCGCGGAUUGCGCGGAUCGCCUGGUGAAACUGGACCUCCAGGCAGACCUGGAAACGAAGGCCCCCCUGGACCUAUUGGUCUUGUCGGACCACUCGGACCUAUUGGUCCACCUGGUGAACCCGGACCUGAAGGCUCGCCCGGUAAAGAAGGACCUCCCGGUAUUGGAGGCCGCCCCGGAGACAAAGGACCCCCUGGCUCUGUUGGACCUCUUGGACCUCCCGGACCUCCUGGUCUACCUGGAUCUCCUGGACAAUCUGGUCCUCCUGGUCCUACUGGAGAACGUGGAUCCAUUGGUGAGACUGGCCCGAUGGGUGUUGAAGGCCCUCCUGGACCCCGUGGUAAGCCCGGUGUACAAGGAAUCCAAGGAGAACGUGGCGAACGUGGAGAGUCGGGAGCUAAAGGUGCUAAAGGUCAUCGCGGUCUCAUUGGUUUACAAGGUCUUCCCGGCGCACUCGGCGCUCAAGGUGACCGAGGACCGAUGGGUCUUAAUGGACCUCCCGGCAAAUCUGGAGAACCCGGACCUAAAGGUCCCGCUGGUCGUGACGGAAGCCCUGGACCUCAGGGUAUUAUGGGCCCACCUGGUCCUCGUGGUCCUGCUGGUGAAUCUGGUAAAGCUGGUCCUCCUGGCUCUCCUGGUCCCGCUGGACCUCCCGGACCUCCUGGUGAAUCGAUGGGCUACGACGCUGCUGCGUUGGCUGCUAUCCUUGGACAAGGUCAAUCUAAGGGUCCCGACCCGAUGGCUGGCGAUGACCCGUCUCGCCUGUUUGCCAAACUUACAGACGAAGACCGCAAAGCUCUGGUUGUUAAGGCUUACGAGCAACUCAAGGUCUCGUUUGACAAGUACACUAAGCCAAGUGGAGAUAAGACCGCACCCGCCAGGACCUGCCGCGAUCUGGCCGUCGCACACCCUGAACUUGCUUCUGGUGACUACUGGAUCGAUCCUAACCAAGGUGAUACCAAGGAUUCCAUCUUGGUAUUCUGCGAUAUGACUCGCCGAGCCACUUGCGUCCGACCCAAACCUGAAAAGACGAAACAGAUCACCUACCUCGGCAAGCCUCGCGCUGAGGUUUGGUUCUCUGAAAUGGAUUCCGGCUUCCAGUUCACUUACAAAUCAGACAGCAACCAAAUGACAUUCUUGCAACUGUUAUCUACCCACGGCAACCAAAACUUGACUUACCACUGCCGCAAUUCCGUUGCCAACUACGACGCUAAUGAUCGGUCUUACAAGAAAUCCAUGAAGAUCCUUGGCUGGAACGACAUUGAGCUCAACGCCAUGGGCAAGAAGAGAUUCAAGUACGAAGUGACUGAAGACGAGUGUAAAUCUCGCGCCGAUACUUGGGCUAAAUCGGUAAUCACAUUCGAGACGGACAAGCCUAACCGAUUGCCAUUCGUUGAUGUCGGCAUUGUCGACAUUGGCGAGGCUAACCAACAGUUCUCUUUGGAGAUCGGUAUGGCCUGCUUCUGGUAAGCAGAAGAGGUCAUAUUUUAGCGGAGCGUCCUUUUCCAUCCGCGACAUCACGCUCCCUCAUUCUCGAAAAAUAAAAUAAAAAAAACCAAGUUUAUUCACAUCCCCCACCCCAGCCACUCCCAAAAAAAUUCAUAAAGAUUAUCAUUAGCAAUAUGAAAGCUAGCCUUACUCGUCGCCGUUUAAACACUGCCAUACCCGUAGAAGUCUAGAGCCUGUUUCAAUAUUUUGAUUCAACUUAGAAAGUUUAAGUUUUUUUAUUAUAACUUGGAACCAUAUAUUUUUGAAAUUAUUUCUGAAUUGAGGACACAGGCUUUACGUUGUUUUGUUUUAUUUCUCAUUUAAUUUUCUUUCCGAUGGUCGACCCCCCCCCCUUUUUUUAUUGUUUGUCUUCCUUUCUGUCAUCUCCUGAAACCCCGGUGUGUUUUUCCUCUCAUGACAACAGUUUAAUACGUGCCUAAGCAGUCAGACCCUUUUGUAAACGCCUUCAUUUUGCUUUUGUUCAAGACAUUUGGGUAUUCGUUAUGUGUUGGAAUUUGGACCCCCUCUCCUUCAUCUACAUUUUCUAUCUCUUUGGAUUUUCCUAUGAAUGUGUGGCAUUUCGAAUCCCUCUAUCUGUCUCUCAAGGUUUCUAAUGACUUCUGCUUUUUGUAAAGAAGGUUCAAUACACAUACAAAACAAA